UACUAUACAUAUCUUUUGUCGGAUGUCAAGGGAACGAAUAUAGUAUUUAUAGUAGAGGAAAACAACAACGAACCUGCAACGUCAAUAAAUUGGAUUUUGAAAAAUUCUUAAGAAAUAACAAGUUUUUUCAUUGUCAUUUGUAAUUUUCUCAUAAAACAAAUCAACGAAUCGCGUUUCGAGAAUAAAAUCGGUGUUUCAAAAGUAACAAUCGAACACAAGUGGCGAGGGAUAAUUGUGAAUGUCAAAAUAUAACUGUUAUCAAAAUUCUACUGUCGGAGUGACUGCAAUUAUUAGCACUGGCGAUAAUUUCAUUAUAAAUUGUUCUUUUGAACAGAGGAUCGAUCAAAUAAAUGGAAAUGGAAUAUCUCGUAUAGCUUUAACCUUCAUUGUAUCUUAUUGGGAUCAAAAAUAACUAUUAUGGCACCAUUGUUUAGAUGGAUCGAAAAAAAUGAUUACUAUUCCAUUAAGAGCAUUCGAUAAAUCUUCACCUCUUAUUUAGUAAACUCUGACAGAAUUUUUUCAAAUCCAGGAUUCUCAAGAAAAAUCUGAAAUCCACAAAUUGAUAAUUUCGUAAGAAUUCUGGAUCAAAAGAACUUGAACAAUAAAAUAAUUAACACAACGACAACGAACUACUGAGCACUUCAGCAGACAAUAUGGUUACGUGGCUAAAUUGUUUGAUUGAUGUGAAUGUUCGAAGAACAGUAAAAGAAGCUUACAAAUGAAUUUUGAUCCUGAUGAUCUGGUGUCUUGCAAUCCUCAAUUCAACAAUUGAAUUGUACUGUAAAUUGAAAAAAAAAAUAGUACCAUGCCUAAUCCAGUUUACACAUUGAAAGAGAAACAAGAAUGGCUCAAGUAUUAUCAUCAGGGUGAAAGUCCUGAAAUGGUUAGCAAACAUUUUCAUCGAGAACACCCUGAUCGUCCAAAACCUUCGAAAAACACUGUAAGAGCUGCUCUCAAGAGAUUCGAAGACACAGGCCGAUUCGAUCGUUCAGAACCUUAUACUCAACCUCGAAAAGCUGUGCCCAUAGAAAAGAGAAUACUCGUAUGUGCUGCUGUGGAAGCAGGCGGGGGUUGUGUUUCGGCUAGUAGCGUUGCAAGACAAUUUGAUAUUUCAGAAUCUUCAGUGAGGAAGAUUUGGAAAGAAGAAGGCUUUGGUGACGGAAGUCUCAAAAGACUAACGAUAGGAGCACCGAGAAAGAAAGCUAAAAAUUCUCCGAUCAAAGCUCCAGAUUGUAGGAUUAUCGAACAGCAUUGGUUAGCGGCACUGACGAAUGGUCACGUGAAUGAAAAAGCGCCGAUAUCGAAUGCAGAAAGUAACGACAAACCGAAUGAAAACACGUUGGAAUUUUCUACAGCACAAACAGAAACGUGAGGAAUAAACGACGAGGCGUUUUUAUACUUUUGAACAACUCAAAAAAAAUUAAAAUUGUGAUAAGAAACGAACACGUACAAUUUCAAUAAAUAUUAAUCAUGAGAGACAUAAGAUGCAUCCUUUUCAAGCCCUCGUGAUCAUGUGGUCCAGAUGAAUAAGCUAUGAAGAGAAAUUUCCAUAGCGCCUUGAAAUAACACUUGAGAUAACUCACAUUCACAGUAAACAUGGAAAAUGGGUCAUCGUGAGAGAAUUAACCAAAAACUGGAUAAAUGAGUACAAGCGAAGACCGCUGUAUCUGAAUAGAUAUCAACAAACAAUCAACUACAUUGCCAAUAAAUAUUGUGCGGAGGUUUGAUGUGUGUCAAUACACCUAAUAAUCAUUAAAUUACAAAUAAACGCAAUCAAUCAAUCUAACUACACUAAAUAAAUAAUAACCCAACAAAACAAUAUACGAGACACGAGAAGAUAUUCGAUACGCAUAAAAUAUACUAAAAAUGAAAUACGACGAAACAAAUCCGAUGUACAUAAUGAUAUGUCAAUUUUUCAAUUUUGAAAUGUACACAAGAAUGCUGUUGGGGAAAGUCGGAAAUUCCUUACAACUGUCAGACUGAUAUUGAUGUUCAGAAAAAACAAAAAAAAUUGAACCAAUAAAUUGGAUGAAACAAAA